AUGGAUGGAUUUAAUAAUGCGACCAGUACAAUUAUGAAUUUGGCAAGGUAUCUUGGACCAAAUGGCCAAUUUAGCAGUCCUCUCAAUAUUGGCAAUGUUGUCACUUGCCUAGCCACAGGAUUUAUAUUUCGUGAUAGUGCUCCUACAAAUCGAUCAGCACCUCAGUCCAGAGCUCGAAAGGUUAUUCCUGCAAAAAAUAAAUUCAAUCAGAAGAAUUCACUUCAGAUGUUGGCCAGACAAUCAACUGAUGACAUCAGGUGUGGCUGCGUUCCGCAAGGAACAUGUGUUGCCAAUAGUGCCAACACUGAUGGCACAGGAUUGAUUGACUUCAGGAUUGUCACAAAUACGCCGGUGCCACCCAUUAAUCCUUGUUUAGAAGGAAUGCAAGCAUGCUGUGUUUCUGGUCCAGCACCUCCUUGUGGACAAAGAUACCAGGUUCCUCAGCCAGCACCAACGGGUCCAGGUCAGGCGCAAUUUGGAGCCUAUCCUUGGCAAGCAGUUCUUUUACUAAAUAACGUAUAUAUGGGAUCAGGAGUUCUGGUGGACGAACGACACGUUAUAACAGCCGCCCAUAAAAUUGAACCUUAUUUAGAUGAUAUUGUUGCCAGUGAUUUUGCUGACAUCAAAGUUCGCCUGGGAGAAUGGGAUGCAUCUUCAGAUCGAGAGCCAAUUCCACAUCAAGAAUUUGCCAUUGAAAGUGUUGCAAUUCAUCCAGAUUACAAUAAUGGAAACUUGCACAAUGACAUCGCAGUUAUAAGACUCAAGAAUAAUGUAUUACUAGGUACUUCACCACUUGUUGCAGCAGCUUGCUUACCGACAAGAUCAUUCAGCAAUUGCAACUGUAAAUGCUGGGUAUCCGGAUGGGGCAAAAAUGCCUUCACCGGUCAGUUCCAGAAUGUGCAGAAGCAAGUCGAUGUAAUAAUACAAUCCGCAGAUGGCUGCCAAUCAUCUUUACGUGGAACCAGACUUGGAGCUGCCUUUGUGUUCGAUAGUGACAGUUUUAUUUGUGCUGGUGGAGAAAUAGGAAAAGAUGCUUGCACGGGCGAUGGUGGUUCACCUUUAUCUUGCGAAAUCAGCGGUCGCUGGUCAAUACCAGGACUAGUAGCCUGGGGAAUUGGUUGUGCAGAUGCUGGUGUUCCUGGAGUUUAUGUUAAUGUACUAAAUUUCAUACCUUGGAUUGAACAAACAAUAGCUACACCUUGA